AUGGGCGAGGGGAAUCCCUGCGCAGAGAACCGACGCAGGUGUCGCGCGUCAGGCCCUGGCGCCGCCUCCUGCGCCGAGAGACCUACAGAAGGUCACGGCCCGAUAGGGCUGAGCAGAGACGACAGAAAGUUGCCCUUCAGCGCGUCACAGGAGCCGUCUGUCCCCCCUCCUGGCGGCUGCGGCUCUGCUGCGCCCGAGACGCUUCUGCAGGCGCUGAAAAUGCUCAGUCAGCGGCCGCCUUUCGCUGACUUUGGCGUCCGCAGUACCCCGUUCUCGCUGAAGUCCGGGUCUCGGGGCGACGCGACGGGGCAGGCGCCCCGCGCGAGGGGGCGGUCGCGCCCUCUGGCGAACGAAAGCCGGGGCGAGCCAGACGAAGACGCCGCUCAGGCCUGCGGAGAGAGUCAAAGCAGAGAAACUUCGGAGCAGCCCCACGGCGGAGGCGCGCGUACGGGGCCGAAAGGCGUUGCGGCGGCUUUUGCCGGUCGCGCGUCUUCGCCGGCCUGCUCGCGACGCAGUCCUCGGGGCAUAGGAGGCUUCCUCGGCGCCCACGGGUGCUCAAACGCCAGCAGCGCGUGGCUUGACGACGUCAUGGUCCCCUUCCUCUGCGACAGUCGAGUCAGAAGGUUCAUUCUGCAGACCAAGAGCCUUGCAGACCAAAACGAGCCGGAGAAAGUCGGCACCCUGUUUGAGCGCGCCCUGCAGGCCUACCAGGCGACGUCGUCGUCCGCGUUUACCGCAGCCUUUUCUCCCUUGGACUCCUCCGCCGGCGCCAGCCCCUUCCACUCGUCGCUCCCGUCUGCCUCAUCCCCGGUCCCGACUGGCGCUCUGUCGGCUUCGAGUUUCCCUGGAUUUUCGCCGGCGUUCGCGGGGGCCGCGGGAGGCCUCGGGGGGGGCGUCUCGCCUUCGUACCUGCGGCGCCCCGUGGACGUGGUGCCGAAUCCGAAGCGCCCGGCGUCGGCGUCCUCGCCUCUGGCGGACCGCGUCGCCCGCAAGUUUCCGCAGGUCAAGCCCGCUGCGAGCUCCUCCGAUUCUCUCCCCACACUCACUCAGGACGAAGGUGAGGGGCCGCGCGGCGGAGCGGCGGUCGCCCGUUCAUCAGACAAGACCAAGAAGAGCUCGCCCGCCGCUGCGGAGGACGCAGAGCGCGAGACACUCGAGGAGAGGCAGGAGGCGGAUGGCUUUCCCGCAGGGCACGCGCUCUUGGGCGAGGAAGGCGAUGAAGAGUCUCCGCCGUUGUCGCGGCGCACGGAGACGGACGCGGGAGACUUCCGCUCCAUCCCCGUCCAAGGGGGAGAGACAGGGGGACGCGUAUCCGCCGAGGACGAAGAAGAACGCUCCGGCGCUGCGAGUGAAGCUGAAGACCCUUCGCGGAAAGCCAAGAGGAAGAAGGAGGAAACUUCGAGGCAAGCGAUCGGCACCGAAGAUCCAGCGAGCGACGGCGGCGUCCCCCAGCCGCAGGGCGAGCGGUCUACGGCGGUCGCGGCACCGGACCACGCGCGAGAAGAGGAAAUGCCAGAGGGAGAAGCGAAGACCUCCCGUGCGUCGCCCACGUCCCGCAGCAAACGAAAAAUCGAGGCGCGCGAAGACAACGUCGCAGCGGGGCCUCCCCCCGCGAGAAAAGAGCCGCCCGCGGCGAAGACAUCGCUCGACAGCGACGCCUCGCUCAGCCUCCGCGACUACAUCAUUCGACAGCACAAGAUGCUCAAUGUGAAGCCGGCGGCAAAAGUGACCGGAGAAGCGCUGGCGGCGCUGGAGGAAGUUUUCGGUCGCCAUCCCGACGGCAUUUCGGAUCCCAACGUCUUCGCUGAAGAAGUCGUCGUCCCGCUUCUUGGCCUCGGGGAAUACAUGAGCUCGCGGCUCUUCGGCAUGGUCGAUCGGCACGACACAGGCACAGUUUCUUUGCCGAUGAUGAAGGAAUUCUGGGCGAAUCGGCUUGUGCUGGCGAGCGAAGACCCGACAACCAUCGAUGAGGGGUUUCCCUCCGCAAAGCUGCCGGUGUUCCUUUUGCCGGCGUCGGCCUCGGACGACGGGAGUCGUCGGCCGUCGCUCUUCGUGAACGAAGACGUCGUUCCGCACGUCGUCAAGCGAGGAAGCGCCAGAAACUUCUUCAACGUUGUCAAACAGGACGGCGCUGACGCGAUCACAGCCGACGAUCUGCGGCCCUGGGUCGAAGAAGUUCUUCGACAGGCCCCGGACAUGGCGUUCCUGAACGAGCCGUCUGCCGCGGAAUUCGCUGCGCGAUACGUGGAUUCCGUUAUCACUCGCAUCAUGUUCGAGGUCGACACCGAAGACACGGGGCGUGUGUCGCUCAAGGCGCUGAAGCACAGCUGUUUGCCCCACGUGUGGUUCACUCUGCGUCCCGGCGUGGAGCUCAGCGUCAUCCGGCGUUUCUUCAGCUACGAGCACUUUUACGUCUUCUACUGCACCUUCCAUGCCCUCGACGAGGACGAGGACUUCCUUCUCGAUCGCUCGGACGUCCGCAGGCACGAUACACACAACAUGAACAUCGAGGUCGAGGAGCGUCUCUUCCUCCAAGUUGCGCGUCCGUUUCGGUCUCCUAAGACGGGCUACAUGUGCUUCGAAGACUGGAUCUGGUUUCUGCUGGUGUAUCACGACGUCACGUCUGAGCGGGCGAUUCAGUUCUGGUUCAAGAUCUUCGACAUCGACGGAGACGGAGUCUUGCGCGACCACGAGAUCGAGGUUUUCUUCAAUGCGCAGGUCGACCGCUUCCGAUUGCGCGACGACAAGCUGCCCACGUACCGGGACUUCAUCUGUCCGAUGUGCGACGCGCUGCGCGUCCCGUACGCUUCUGGACUGCGGUGCCGAGAUCUGCUGCGCGAUCCAGUUUGUGGAGGCUGCUUCAUCAACUGUCUGCUGAAGCGGGCAGCUUUCCAGGCGAUGGACGAGGGAGAAUCGAUGACCAGCAUCGCCAAAGGCAGUCCUUGGGACCGCCAACUGAUUGAGCUCACGCCUUUCGAGAUCUUUGCCAGUCAGCAGUACCAGGAGUUGACUGCGCGAAAGGGGGAGGAGUGCUUCAUCGACGAGAGCUCAAGUUUCCUCGACGAAAGCGAAGGGUCUCAAAGCGAUGAAUCGCUCGUCACGGAAGGGGGAUCCGCAGAGUCCAUAGAGGUCUGA